GUGUACUGUUGCUGGGCUUUGUAAUUCUGCUAGAAUUGAUAUUCUGCUGAAGCAAGCAGCCCUCCCUCACACUUCACAGGUUGUUGGGUGUUCAGUCUGUGAAUCUCAGAUUGAGCAAUUUAGAUCUAGGAUAACCAGCCUGCCUACUAGCCAGAUUGAGAUGAAACUGCUGGAGGUUUGUGGGUAUAUGGGCAGCUACAGUGAGUCCUGUAUGUACACUGUUUCUACAGAACUAAAGUCGAUCAUCAAACUCAUUAAAAGUGGAUUGACACCUUCUCUUUGCAGUCAGAAAGAUGUGUGCAAGCAAUUGGAUUUAGUGAAUAACUCUGUCCGAGGAGAAAUUCAGUGUGAGUUUUGUGAAAAGGUUGUCAAACACUGGAUUGACGUUUACGCUUCGAAUUCCUCUAUCCAGGAGUUCAAGCAGCUUUUAGAUGGAAUAUGUGACAAGCUUGAUUCUAAGAAUUCUGCACAUUGCAAGCAUAUCGUCGACGAUUUCUACAUUCCCCUCUUUGAGUAUAUAAGAACAUUGAACCCUGAACUAGCAUGUGCUACUGUAGGACUCUGUGGUAAUUCAGGAUUCCUUGUUCCUGAUUCUAGUAUUCCUAUCACCAGUUUAUUUACACCUAAUCAGGUAAUAAAGUUCUUUUGA